CAAAGAGUAAACCACAUGCUAUCUGUACUCCCUCUCUUUGCUCAUAUUCAUAUAGAUGGAUCGAGAAUUGUUUGCAAGAUGAAAUCGAUCCAAUUAUUAAAUUAGAAGAGACCAUGAGAAAUGGUAUUAUAUUAGCCAAGUUAGCCAAUUGGUUUGCACCAGGCACUGCUCGUAAAAUAUUUCAGGAUUCUAAACUCCAGUUCCGUCAUUCUGAUAAUAUCAAUUAUUUCUUUGAUGCAUUAAAGAUUAUAAAGUUGCCACAAAUCUUUUGGUUUGAACUAACUGAUCUCUAUGAGAAAAAGAACAUUCCCAAAGUAAUUUACUGUAUCCAUGCGCUCAGUCAUUUACUAUCAAGACGUAACCUGGCACCCAACAUCAAGAAUUUAUUGGGACAACUUCAAUUCACUAAUGAAGAACUCAGUACAACACAGCGUCAUCUGGACAUGGCAGGUGUUCCUAUGCCAAACUUUAUGAACGUGGGCCAUUCAUUGCGUCGAGAGUUGAAUGAAAGUGACGAGGAUGAUGAUUUCAAUCAAUACUUGCAGAUCGACUCUGGAGUUCCUUUCAUUCUGAAAACACCUGAGCUUAUUAUUGAAGAAGAAGAAUCAGACGUAGAUUCUCCUUUUGAAGUCUAUGCUGAAGAAGGAGAGCAGUACUGGUUGAUCCAAGCUAAUAUUGAUAAAGUAACCAAGUGUCAGUCAAUCAUACGCGCAUGGUCUACUCGAAAAGCAAACGAACGAAAAUUACGCGCCUUCCAGUCACCCCAGUUCAUCAGCACGAUCACUCAGCUCCAAUUUGCCAUUCGAGGCAUGAUCUGCCGUAAAAGACAAGAAGAAAGAAGGCAGGAGCUGCAGUCGCUCAGUUUAGAUAUUAUUAUCCAAUUACAGGCUUACUGUCGAGGUUUGAUGACACGUCUCUGUUAUCAGCGCAAGAUUGAGUAUUAUCACGCUCACAUUGACCAGAUAAUCAAAGUCCAAGGCCUUAUCAAAAACAAGCUAGUCAAUAAAGCCUACCAUCGUCUCACCCAUGACCAUAGUCCUUCAGUCAAUACGGUCAAAAACUUUGUUCACCUUCUCGAUGACAGUGACCUCGACUUUGACCGUGAACUCGAAUUAGAGGGCCUUCGUCAGGAUGUGAUUGAACAUAUUCGUGGAAAUAACCAACUUGAAGGCCUUGUCACUGCUCUUGAUAUUCAGAUUGCCUUGUUUCUCAAAAAUGCCAUCACGAUUGAAGAAGCUCUAAAGCAAACAGGUGCAUUAAAAAAGAAAAAGAAGGAGCAGAAGCGAAUGAUCAUGACGGCUGAAGCUGCUGCUAAUCAUCAUAUGGACCCCUUUUCGUUAUCAGUUGUGGAUAAAGAAAGUAGACAGCGUCUUGAAGUGUUUCAACAGAUGGUUUAUUGUUUACAGACGGAACCACAGUACCUUGCACGCUUAUUGUUUCUAACGAACCGACAGGAUCUGGGACACUACUCAAGUCACAAGUUAAUUGAGUCCACCGUAUUGUCUCUUUUUGGUUAUGCGACUAAUGUGCGUGAAGAAUAUUUGUUGAUUAACCUUUGUAAGUAUUGCAUCUCUGAAGAGAUACAAUAUGUAGAAAGCCCUCAGGAGUUUAUGCGUGGCAAUUACACUUUUAUGAAGCUCGUUGUACAAACAAACCGUGGUGCAAAGGAACGUCAAUUCUUUCGCGAGCUUUUUGGCGAUCUCGUGAAGCAAGUGGUAAACAAUGACUUUUUAGACCUUGAGCUUGAUAUUGUCAGUAUCUAUCACAAAUCGAUCAAUGAUGAAGAAUUGAGAACAGGUUUACCUUCAGGCCGUCCUCACGCGAUCACUGCACAGGAUGUACAAUCGGAUACAGAAGCGAUUGACACCUUUAUACGGCAUUUGAGAAACUUGAGAGAAAUAACCGACAUGUUCUUUAACAAGAUCACGUCCACUGUAAGCGAGGUGCCGUAUGGUAUUAGGGUGGUUGCAAAAGAGCUCAGGGUCGCCUUGGAAGAAAAGUUUGCUGACGAACCAAAAGAGACGAUCGUAAAAAUUCUUGGUAACUUUAUCUACUAUCGUUAUUUGAACCCUGCAAUCAUUGCCCCCGAGCAGUAUGAUGUUAUUGAUAGUAUCAUCAAUCCAUUACAAAGAAAAAAUUUGGCCGAGAUCUCAAAGAUGCUUCAACGGAUUGCUAGUGGAUCAACCUUUUCAGAAGAAGACAGACUUUUAUCACCAUUAAAUGAGUAUCUUGAGCAUGCCUCUAAGCGAUUUGCUCAGUGGUUUAUGACAUUGACAGAUGUUGAGGAUCCCGAAGAGCAUUUUAAUAUGGAUCCCUUGACAGAUCAAGUCAGCACACACAAGCCAGUCGUUUAUCUUUCACCCACAGAGCUCUUUCAUCUUCACUAUACUAUUCAAAACAAUUUGGAAUAUAUUGAACCCAAUGGAUACGGCAUACUCUCCGAAAUUGUCAACGAGCUUGGUGAGUCAUACUUUAGACCAGAUAUCGAGUUACCAGAUACUAUGGUACGUCUAGCCCUGACAAGCCCUUAUGAAGAUUUACCGUUAGAUCCUGAAUCUCAACUUGAUCAACUGCUUGUGGAUGCUAAACGUCUAGUGGUAUAUGUCAUCAAAAUACAAAGCGGCCCAAAUUUGGCUCGUAUUAUCGAUCAACCUAUUACGGCUUAUCAUGAAAAGAUAUGGGAUCAGUUCAAGGAAAAAGAGUUUCCGGAUGUGCAAGAUGAACAAUCUGCGGCUGUUAAAAGAAGAUUUCUCAACUUAGGUAGAACAAACCCUCCUGUAGAUCUGAAAAGCUUAAGCUUCUAUCAACUCAAGACAUUGACUUAUCGAUUGGUAGCCAAUUUAAAGAUUGGCAAAAGGAUUUCGAGUGAUAAUAACUACCAAGACAUGAUCACCCUUAUUGCCAAAGAUAUCACUGGAAAGCAUGCUCGCCGCAUUCAACGAGAUCAGGAAAUUGCGCGAACAAGACAAAUGCUAGACCACUUGAAGGAAAAGAAAGAGUAUCUGAGUGACCAGGUCAGUCAGUAUGAGAGCUACUUGAACAGUUGUAUGAGUGCAAUGGCCAAUAACAAACGUGAUAAAAAACAGCAAAAGUUUGUUUUUCCAUUUACGCGCCAAUACUUUCAUAUCCGAGGAUUGCAGAAACUUGGACUUGUUCCAAAAUUUGGAUCCUACAAAUACACAGCCAAGCAACUUUAUGAUCGCCAAAUAUUGAUCGAAGUCGUAAAUAUACCAAAAAAGCAUUAUGAUCGCAUCUCUAUUAUCAUUUCCAUGGAUCAAGUGGGUAUUAUUACUAUCGAAGCAAGUUAUGCGAGAUGGCCAAUGACAUCUGUUCAGGUCGACAUACGGUACGAUGAAUUGUUACGGACACAAUUUGAAGGAAUCCAAACCAUGAUGGUCCUAGAUGGAAUGGCCAAAGUGAACGUUAACCUUUUGAUUUACCUCGUCAACAAAAAGUAAGUUGUACUUUAGUCUAUUGUUAUGUUACUCACACAUCAAUA